UGUUUACGUCUGAAUGUGUGACACAAAUAAGAGGGUGAGAAAGGUAGCGGUGGGUCUCACAACAGAAGCGGCCACAGAGCUCACACAGAGCCGGAGACGCAGCAGCAGCAGCAGCUCCCGGAGAUGACAGCACGGCAGAGGAUCUACUUUUAAAUCCACUGAAAAGUUUUUGCUGGGGGGAAGAAAAGAGGGACAUCUGCUUUCAAGUUUUCAAAAACACCAAAUAAGAAGUGUGGUUCUUUUUCUCCCCUCCUGCAAACAUGCAGAGACCAGGCGGCCAAGGGACGGCGUUUUCAAUCGACUCCCUGAUCGGGACCCCGCAGCCCAGACCGGGACACCUGCUCUACACGGGCUACCCCAUGUUCAUGCCCUACAGACCUCUGGUUAUCCCGCAGGCUUUGUCCCACUCGCACUUAUCGACUGGGAUACCUCCGCUUGCACCUUUGGCUUCCUUCGCUGGACGGCUCACCAACACCUUCUGUGCCAGUCUGGGGCAGGGGGUGCCCUCCAUGGUGGCGCUCACCACCACCAUGCCGAGCUUCUCGGAUCCUCCGGACAGUUUCUACCCACCGCAGGAGCUCCCGGGUCCGCGUUUGAGCGCCGCGGACCCGGGAGCGAGGAGGCAGGAGAGCCCGCAGUCCGAUGAGCUGCACAGCCGGGACAAGGCGUCCGAGCUGCUCAACUUCUCGGAAACUUUUCAGACGAUAUCAGGUGAGACCAAACUGUACAGCUCGGACGACGAGAAGCACGACCUGAAGUCCGCAGACACCGCCUGCAGCGACCGAGAGGACAGCUCCGUGGACAGCGAGAACGAGAGCUUCUCGGACGGCAACAACUGCGGCUCUCUGUCCCAGAAGAGCAAGCUGAAAACGGGCUCGCAGGAGGCGCUACCGACCGGCGGCUCGGCGGGGAAGAGCCGGAGGAGACGGACAGCUUUCACCAGCGAGCAGCUGCUGGAACUGGAAAAGGAGUUUCACUGUAAAAAGUACCUUUCUCUGACUGAGCGCUCACAGAUCGCACACGCACUUAAACUGAGCGAGGUGCAGGUGAAGAUCUGGUUUCAGAACCGGAGGGCCAAGUGGAAACGGAUCAAAGCCGGCAACGUGAACAACCGGUCGGGAGAGCCGGUGAGGAACCCCAAAAUCGUGGUCCCCAUCCCGGUACACGUCAACAGGUUUGCCGUGAGGAGUCAGCACCAACAAAUAGAACAAGGGACCAGGCCAUGAACUCAAGAUGCAAAACAUCGAAAAUAUUAAUAAUAAUUAAAAAA